AUGCCCCUUGGGAUGUGCGGAGCCAUCAUGCGUUUUGCAAUUUUCCGCAGCUUCUUAUUCAAUUUCUCGUUCGUCCUCCGCCUGCCCAACUUUUGCAUCUGUCUGCUCAAAGGCAAGUAUUACCGUAGAUUCUUGUUGAGAGCUCAACUUUAAAGUUUAUCGUUUUUUUUUUUGGAAUUUGUGAAGGUUUUUCAUUUUUUGGGAAAGGAUUGUCUUCUGACAAGGGAGGUCAUUUUCCUUUGUGGCUGGGAUUUUUUUUUAGAUUGGCUAGAAAACUCCUUGAUGUCCCAGAAAAAGAUUUUGCAAGUUUCAACCUACACAACUUCCCAGUUUUCGAGAAAUAAGGGCCCAAAGUCUCAAAAUAGCCUGUUUUACUGGAAUUUUGAGAGUUUUCUUCAAUUCUGAGGCGUCUUUUCUCAAAAAUAAGGACAUUCUGUGGUUUGAGAUUUUCAGGUUGUUUUUCUGGUACAUCAAGAUGCGUUCUGACCAAUUUUCAGGGGAAUCCAAACCUCAAAGUAAAAUGACCUUCCUUAUAAUUUUUAAUGACCCUCUCUGAUUCCAUCUGUCUGUAAACUUUCGCCUCUGUCAAAAAAAAAAAGUCAACGAUAUGGUAUUCCGACUGUUUUUGGUUCUUCUACCCUCCAUUCCCCCGCAUUUCGGGGCAAAAGGAAAGCUUUUUUCGUCUGACUUCUUCCAACCUAUUUUUUUAUUUCCUCUCGUGCUUCGUUCUACUUUUUUUUCCAAUUUGACUUCGGAAACUAUUAGAAACUUUCAGCUUGCGCCCAAAACGGCUGGGUUUGUGUCAUGUUCAGCUGUUAGCUGAAGUCCCCGAUAUGCAGCAGAAGGUGAGCCUUUUUAUAUUUGAAAUAAAAAGUGAACCUGUGAAUCCUGCACCAAUAUUUUCUCUAUCGUUCGGAUACCGAAAAAAUUUUUGAAAAUGCGAUUUAAGUGAGAAAAUAGUAUUCAAGAGAAAAUUCAAAAAAAGUUUCUACAAAAGAUCCAAAAUGAACUAAUUCAUAUGGGAGUUUUCAUGACUUCGCCAGCUAGAAGAUUGAAUGAAAUGGGUUUCCAGACGUGAACGAUAGAAUGCCUGUGCGGAAAAAGCAUGGUCCGUACGAUAUAAUAGCAGACGACGUGUACGAUUGUCGCAUUCCGCUUCACAAUGAGCUCGCCUACCAACAUGGCAUCCACUUCGAGGCAAAAGUCGGUUUUCUCGUCUUAUUUUUCAUCAAAACCUAUUAAAAUCAGUUUAAUUGGAAUCGGUUCUUGGAUAUCAGGUUAAUCUUAUUGAUUCUUUUUUUCAACUCUCCUAUUGAUGGAAAUUCUCAGAAACUUUUUUUGAAGUCUUGUUAGAUGAUAGCAGUUUUGUAGGCGUCCUGUACAAUUCUUAGUAUCAUUUUCAGAAAAAGAAACCUAGGUAAUUUUAAAAAACUCAGCUAAAAGUUGAGAAGCUUCUGCUUUUGGUUCCUUGAAAGGCGUUGGGAAGAUUUACAGCACCUUCCGGAAUUUACUUACCUUCCAAAAGUCUGCUGGAAGGCCUUUUUGAAAUCAUACUCAAUAUAUUACCUUCCGAAUACCUUCAAACUACUUUCUGAAAGCCUUUCCAAGACCUUCUAGUUUCCAUUUAUCUUCCAAUCUCCUGCUGAUUAUUACCCAACACUUUUUCAAAAUUCGAAUGUUUUUUUGCCGCGGUUGAACUUUUGAUGGAACUUGGUUGAAUCGCACUUCAGGGCCUCUUAAUCCUGAAACAAGAAAAUAUAUUUUGCAAUGAAUCUUGUUUCCAAGUUAUGAGCCUUCGAAGUUUGCGAAUUACACGAAUAAUGGGAAAAAAAAAACGUUGUUUCAGUAGUUUGAAGCUUCUUAUUGGGAAACAACAGCUAUGGUCAAAAAAGGAAACGUUACCUAGUGGAGGGGUUCGAAAUUGAAAGGAAAGGAAGAGGUAUUUUGAUUCAAUUAAAAGCAAAAAAAGGCUUAUUUUUUUUAAGAGUGCAAUAUUCUCAAAAUUUUUCCAUUUAUGCUGCUUUGAAGUCACUUUUCCCGAUCAGAAAAUCAAUUUUUCUAACAAUUUCUAAAGCUUGGAGCAUCCUCAGCGACAGUUCAUCGCUCAAAGUUUUUUUUCUUUUCUUGCUCUCUUUGAAACAUACUCAUGUUUUUGUGUAUGAGCUGCCAGGCGAAUUCAUCACAGACAUAGAGGCAAUGAAGACGUCGGAGCGAGAAGCGCUGAAAGGCCUUGAUAAGCGUCGCCCCAGGGGAAAUGGCUCUCCCGAAAUGAAUGUUGACGGGCUCGCGGCGGCGUGUUCUGACAGGCUGCCAUGAAUUAUGCGCAUCACAUCACAAACAGACCGAAAUGUUCAGCUUCUGUUCAUUGAGAAGGGUCGAGUGAUAUUCAGAUAAUUAAAACAGCGUUCAUUACAUCUCAAAGAUUAAAAAAAUAAAAAAAUAAUCGACGUAUGAAGUUAACGGAAAACGGCCGAUUGAACUGUACCUCAAUAGAGAAACUCUUUCUGAAUAAAAAAAGUUUCUUGCAAAAAGAUUUUUUUCGAUUUAUGAAGUCCGCAAAAUAAACAAAUUAUGAUAAAAAGCGCUGUUUUAAGCUUUUGAAACAUCUUAACUCGAAUAUGAGAUCUUUUGCGAGAGAUUUUUUCUUGUUCUGCAAUCAGGAGGCCCUGAAGUACAUUUCAGCCAAGCUUCAAUAAGUUAUCAACCGCGGUGGUGCCGAUUUUUGAUUUUCUCUCAUUUGACUUCAUUCAACACUAACUACAGUACCUCAUUUUUUUUUUGGUUAAUUUUCUGAGAUCUUUAGUGGGUUCCCCCAAGCCCGUAACGAAUUUUGUUACUUUUGGUCUUUUUUAAAUUUGUCAUUUUUUUUUAUCUACAAGAAGUUAAUUGAAAUUUCUUGUGUAUGUAAUUUUGAAUAAUGAUGACAAGAAUAAAUGGUGGAAACGACUAUUUUCUAAUCAAGAUCUGAUUAAAAACAGGCAUCACUGUCCUUUCCAAGAGCCAGUCGUUUUAGCAUAAGUUCUUAUUCCUUCCCCUUUAUUUUUUCAAGUUCUUCUCACUUUUUAAACUUUUUUUUUCCGAUAAAUUAGCUAGUCUAAAAAGUUAGGAGUUAGUUUCAGCAUAACAGUCAUAACGCACCAAGAAAGUAUUUUUGGGAUGUUGCGCACUCGGAAAUCCUUUGGAGUUUUUCGAUUUUCAGUUAAUUUACGGUCAUGCGAUAUAAGCUCCUAAGGAUAUCUUUUUUAUCAAUUUGAUCAAUUACAACAUUUCAUGCUAACUCCAAAACUCUGUUUCAGUACGUGGGAAGUAUGGAGAUCCCGCGACCAGGAACUAGAAUCGAGAUUGUCGCCGCCAUGCGACGAGUCCGAGUAAGUCUCGAAAUCAACUUGACGCAAAUCCAAUCAUUUUAUCUUCUUAUUUUUGAUUUAUAUGAUUUCAGUACGAGUUCAAAGCUCGCGGGAUCAAAAAACGACCUGUGGACAUUACCGUUUCAGUGGACGGGGUCAAAGUUGUUCUUCAGCGGAAAAAGGUUUUCUCUCUUUUUUUUUUGCUUUAAAAAACAAAGUAUUUAAGCAAAAAGAAAAAGGUUUGUCAUGGGACGAAUCGAAGCUGCUCGUUAUGUUCCAUCCCAUAUACAGGUUUUUCUCAACUUCAUGAAUGUUGACCGUCAUUUCUGGGUUUUUUAGGAUAUUCUACGUGUCCCACGAUUCCCAAGAUCUCCAAAUCUUCUCGUAUAUUGCGCGUGACGGCGCUAGUAACACAUUCAAGUGCAAUGUCUUCAAAUGUUCCAAAAAGGUUUGGAUUUGA